GCCAUGCCCACAAGAGCAAAGUGGAAGAAUCUCAUUUGAGAGGCAAUCUUCAUUGUCUGCAUUGAAUUGAUUUGAUUUGAUUUAUGGCUUUCUUUUUUAAUGAGGAGAGUCUCUGGAAGAUUCGUCUCUUCGCAGCAUGCAGACUAGCUAGCCAGCGGAAGAAGUGGUUGCAUCUACACUGUACAGUAUCACAGCGUCUGUGGGGUCGUUCCUUGCCAUUGCAUCCAAGCUGAGCGGUGCGAUGUCAAGAAGAAAUAUCGUGUUUUUAUUCAUGCAAAUGGGUAUCUGUACCUGCCAGGGGUGCUGAUCGACGAGUACAGUACUAGACUAGUACGCCAAUCUUCAUUGCUUCUGAGCCAAGAACCAUAUUCGGAUCUUCAUGUUCGUAUUCGGAUCAAUCCGAUCUCUAUCUAAUGUGAUUGAUUUUUAUUUAAAACCGGUGGUUGAGAUAUCGGAAGCAUUUCGGUUCUUUGUGAUGGUACCAACCGCAACGACUGAGGACAAGUAAGUAUGUACUCCACUGUCGCCCGACUGCCCUGGUUCUGAUCAAACCAAUGACCGCUUUAUGGUAAUGGAACCGGCUGAGGAGUAUCCAUGACUGGCAGGCACACGUCCACACACCCACACAACGCUCAGGCCAAGCCUCUGAAUGGCAAUAUUAUUGUCUCCGUGCUCUAAGUUCAUCUCUGCUUCUCGAGCUACGUGUGCCUGCGUCUGCAUCACUGUGGCAGCAAGAUUGCAGUUUCCAGAAGCUUGCAUGUCAAACAGCGCAUCGAGCUGAGAGAAUCUUUUUCCUUGAGCUCUCGAGAUGUGCAUAAAAUCAAGAAGCUCAAAACAAAAAGGAAAAACCACAAAAAGAAAACCACCUAACCAUCUUUCGAACAGUAUAAUCCAACAAACUUCAAGAACAACAUGCGUUUUUCAACUGCCAUCUUUGCCCUCAUCCUUGCCGUGUUCCCAUCCACCUUGGCGGCCCCUGGUUCCCUCCGCACCUCCGCUGAUGAUGCACUGGAUGCUGCAAUUGAAGCAUACGCUGAGAUCUUGGUACCUCCAGCUCAGGGUGAACGACACCUUUUUGGUAGCCUCAAUGACCUGGGUGACAAGCUUACUGGCAUGUUGCCUGAUGACUUAGACGAAGACAAGGAGGAAGAAGAGAAGAACAAAGACAAGGGAGAGAAUGAAGACGCCGGACGUCCCGAUGGUCGCCCUGAUGGGCCUGACAAUGGUCGCCCUAAUGGUCCUGACAAUGGCCGCCCUGUCAAACCCAAACAUUCUCACCCCAAAGAUAGCUCUGAUGACUUUGAUGACUGGCGCAGUGGCCGACACAGUGACAAGAAGAAGAGAAGCCGCAGCUACGAUGAGGACCGCUGGGACAGUGGGGAUGAUAUGGCCAAGGCAGUCCGAAGGGAGAUCAAGAGACAAGCUACAGUGGAGGCUGAGAGGAAGAGACAGAUUGAAGAGAUCAAAGAGCAGCUGAACAUUGCCAUUGAUAGGAAGGUUGAUGAGGCAGUGGAGGAAAAGGUUGCUGAGCUUGUUGCUGAUGAAGUCAAAAAGGCAAUGAAUGCAAUGAAACAAGAGUUGCAAAAGACUGAGAAGCAGCCACUCAAUUCCCGCCCACACCCAAAGGAGGAGCACACACCAAAGCUUCCAGAGGAGGCAGAGGUUCCACCCCCACCAGAGGAACAGCCCGCUGAGGCUGCACCACAAGAGGGGCCAGUAGAGCCCACUGAGGCUGUGCCACAGGAGGAGCCAGAAGAACCCACGGAGACGGCACCCCAGGAGGAGCCCACUGAAGCUGCCCCUCAGGAUGAGCCUGUUGCUGAGCCCUAAAGCUCUCUAAAUGUUUUGAAGGACAAUGAGGAAGAAAACGUAUGACAAUGAGGAAGCUUGGGAUGGCUAAGCAGGAAGUUUGGAUAUGUCUAGGCUGGUUCCCCCAUUAGAGAUCGUAAACCCAAGUAAUCAGACGUGUUAAAACGUUUC